AUGUUUUGGAUCCCAUUUCCGUUAUGCUUCCAGUGCGGAACAGACCAGAAUCCGUUUCGCUGCAAAGUUGUUGGUCCCACUUUAGAUCGUGUUGUGGCCAGCGUCGAUCUUUUGCGGGUGCUGGGCUACAAAGACAGGAUCGAAGUUGCUCGGGACUCCGGUGGAGUGGAAUGGAAAAGUCAACGAGGCCAUCCCCAUUUAAUCAUUGCUCAUUCGCACAUUCUGGAUUGGAAUCGAAUUUUACAUAUUCUCAGACAUAAGGCACCGCAUUGGGAUCAUGGAGGAAGCGACUACCUCGUCUAUUCCAUUUUCCAACACACGAGUCUACCCCCCUCAUCAAUCAUGGAGGAUACCCCUCGAGAAUCCUCCGUAGAAGGACAACUGAGUCCAGACGACUUCAACACCGAAGAAAUGGCACUUCGAGAUGAGCUCGACGGCAAGCUCAGGGCAGCUGUCGAUGUAUAUUCCGAAGCCCCAUAUGGAAGCUUUGACUGUGUGACUUAUCGCUUGCAGGAGGUCAACAUCAAACUCGCACUGAGCCAAUUGGAUUGGCGCGUAUUGUCAAGGAAAUACAAAAGCACAAAUGAGAAUGACCCAGCCUACUCCGACCUGAUAAGGCACUAUUACUUGGAGCAAGGUUUAUUCGUCUCAGAGCGGGAACGACUUGGAAGGGAACUGUGGCACCUCUAUCAAAAAUCUGUCGCACAAGAGGCUCAUUCUGAGCGGGCCCGCAGCAUGGAGAAACAGAACGAUAACGCCACGGAACUUUUUCUGUUGUUGUUGAGAGAAUUAACGUUGGAAGAGGAGGAGAGGUUUUUGGCGGAUAUGGAAAGGGCGUACGGGCUUGCGGAAGCUGGUGGCGAAGUCUGGUCCCCUAUCACGGGUUGGGCUAAGAAGGCAGACGUGAGUGCAGCACAAAUUUUCCCACGCCAAAUUGGGCAAGAGAAGCUGGCGACGAUCUUCGGGGACGCAUUUGAUGGCAAUAUCCACGGGGCAGAGAAUGGGCUUUUCUUGCCAACCGCCCUCAAAUCUGCUUUCGAGGACUACAAGGUUGCAAUCGUCCCAGAUGCGAUCGAAGCUCACCCUUGCGAAUACAAGUUUGUCGUCCUCGACCCGAAUAUUUUGAACCUGCGGGUGAAAGUGGAGAUGACAUUCGACGAGUUGAAUGGGCGGAGACUCAUUUUCAGACCUGGAUGCGAUUUCAGGCCCAACUGUCGAUUCCUCCAUUUCCAUUAUGCUGUAGCGAUGCGGCUAGCGUUGCAGAAAAGCGGAUCCUCCAGGGAAUUGUCACAAGGGGUGCUCUCAGAGCUUGGAGGGUUAUGGAAUGACCCAACCAUGGUUAUAAAUGCGGAGUUGCUUGAUGGAUUCGUUAGAGCGCUCGAAGCUUAUCGAGAGAGUUGGGAAAAGAAAAUGAAGGCAGAGCAGACUUCUGCAAAAGGAGGGGAGGUGUCAGAGGACUAAGGCAACAUGAGGGACCGGAUAAGGACUUGACGGCCUAAUCGUUUAGAUGUCUAAUGGUUUUUUAUUUCAAAAGAACAUCUUAGUUUCCUCUCUGUAAUUUUGUUUCUUGACUUUUCCUCCUCUUGCCAUUACUCUUGAUUGAAUAUGCGCUGUAUUCUUUUAGCAUCCACAGUUAUGUUUGACUCCCAUCACAUUAUCGGGUACCAAUUAACAUACCCAAGAUACAUCGCCAACAAAACUUUGAGGCGUACCAACGAUUAGCUUAGGAGUUAAGAAUUCAUGAAGGCAGAACGGA